AUGUCUCGCGAAGCGUACCAAGUCCCAUCCCUCGAUACCAACGGAGGAGGCGCCGCCAGUGGCGCCUCAGCCUUUGCGACGUCCUCGGAUUCCGCCGUUCGAUACAUCUGUGGUGACUGCGAUCACAAAUUUGUCUUGCAACAAAACUCGUCCCUCCGGUGCCCGGAUUGCGGUCAUCGUAUCUUGUAUAAAGAGCGAACCAAGAGGAUGGUGCAGUUCGAAGCGCGCUGA